AUGUCAGCCACAAGUACUGUUCCUUCAGAUAUAGCAUCCACAUCAGCAUCCACUCCUCCAAUGUCAGCCAUCCACAAGUACUGUUCCUUCAGAUAUAGCAUCCACAUCAGCAUCCACUCCUCCAAUGCCAGCCACAAGUACUGUUCCUUCAGAUACAGCAUCCACAUCAGCAUCCACUCCUCCAAUGCCAGCCACAAGUACUGUUCCUUCAGAUACAGCAUCCACAUCAGCAUCCACCCUCCAAUGUCAGCCACAAGUACUGUUCCUUCAGAUAUAGCAUCCACAUCAGCAUCCACUCCUCAAUGUCAGCCAUCCUCCAAUGUCAGCCACAAGUACUGUUCCUUUCAGAUACAGCAUCCACAUCAGCAUCCACUCCUCCAAUGUCAGCCACAAGUACUGUUCCUUCAGAUACAGCAUCCACAUCAGCAUCCACUCCUCUCCAAUGUCAGGCACAAGUACUGUUCCUUCAGAUACAGCAUCCACAUCAGCAUCCACUCCUCCAAUGUCAGGCACAAGUACUGUUCCUUCAGAGAUCCAGCAUCCACAAUGUCAUAUCCUUCAGAUAUCCAUCCACAUAUCCAUUCCUCCAAAUCAUACAGUUUCACAAAACAUACCAUCAUUUCUUGUUGCUGGUGA